GUACCAGCCCCACCCCUCUAUCCCCCCUCGCAGCACCCCCCACCUCCGUCCCGCCUCGCCCCGCCCCCCUCCUGGCAGUCCCAGCGCGCAUGCUCUCUCCCCCCGCGGAGUAACCUGGAGAUUUAAAAGCCGCCGGCUGGCGCGCGUAGGGGGCUAGGAACGGGGGGGAACCAGCCUGCACGCGCUGGCUCCGGGUGACAGCCGCGCGCCUCGGCCAGGAUCUGAGUGAUGAGAUGUGUCCCCACUGAGGUGCCCCACAGCAGCAGGUGUUGAGCAUGGGCUGAGAAGCUGGACCGGCACCAAAGGGCUGGCGGAAAUGGGCGCCUGGCUGAUUCCUAGGCAGUUGGCGGCAGCAAGGAGGAGAGGCCGCGGCUUCUGGAGCAGAGCCGAGAUGAAGCAGUUCUAGAGUGCUUGAACGGCCCCCUGAGCCCUACCCGCCUGGCCCACUAUGGUCCAGAGGCUGUGGGUGAGCCGCCUGCUGCGGCACCGGAAAGCCCAGCUCUUGCUGGUCAACCUGCUAACCUUUGGCCUGGAGGUGUGUUUGGCCGCAGGCAUCACCUAUGUGCCGCCUCUGCUGCUGGAAGUGGGGGUAGAGGAGAAGUUCAUGACCAUGGUGCUGGGCAUCGGUCCAGUGCUGGGUCUGGUCUCUGUCCCGCUCCUAGGCUCAGCCAGUGACCACUGGCGCGGACGCUAUGGCCGCCGCCGGCCCUUCAUCUGGGCGCUGUCCUUGGGCAUCCUGCUGAGCCUCUUUCUCAUCCCAAGGGCCGGCUGGCUGGCAGGGCUGCUGUGCCCGGAUCCCAGGCCCCUGGAGCUGGCACUGCUCAUCCUGGGCGUGGGGCUGCUGGAUUUCUGUGGCCAGGUGUGCUUCACUCCACUGGAGGCCCUGCUGUCUGACCUCUUCCGGGACCCGGACCACUGUCGCCAGGCCUACUCUGUCUAUGCCUUCAUGAUCAGUCUUGGGGGCUGCCUGGGCUACCUCCUGCCUGCCAUUGACUGGGACGCCAGUGCCCUGGCCCCCUACCUGGGCACCCAGGAGGAGUGCCUCUUUGGCCUGCUCACCCUCAUCUUCCUCACCUGCGUAGCAGCCACACUGCUGGUGGCUGAGGAGGCAGCGCUGGGCCCCACCGAGCCAGCAGAAGGGCUGUCGGCCCCCUCCUUGCCGCCCCACUGCUGUCCAUGCCGGGCCCGCUUGGCUUUCCGGAACCUGGGCGCCCUGCUUCCCCGGCUGCACCAGCUGUGCUGCCGCAUGCCCCGCACCCUGCGCCGGCUCUUUGUGGCUGAGCUGUGCAGCUGGAUGGCACUCAUGACCUUCACGCUGUUUUACACGGAUUUCGUGGGCGAGGGGCUGUACCAAGGCGUGCCCAGAGCUGAGCCGGGCACCGAGGCCCGGAGACACUAUGAUGAAGGCGUUCGGAUGGGCAGUCUGGGGCUGUUCCUGCAGUGCACCAUCUCCCUGGUCUUCUCUCUGGUCAUGGACCGACUGGUGCAGCGAUUCGGCACUCGAGCAGUCUAUUUGGCCAGUGUGGCAGCUUUCCCUGUGGCUGCCGGUGCCACAUGCCUGUCCCACAGUGUGGCCGUGGUGACAGCUUCAGCCGCCCUCACCGGGUUCACCUUCUCAGCCCUGCAGAUCCUGCCCUACACACUGGCCUCCCUCUACCACCGGGAGAAGCAGGUGUUCCUGCCCAAAUACCGAGGGGAUGCUGGAGGCGCUAGCAGUGAGGACAGCCUGAUGACCAGCUUCCUGCCAGGCCCUAAGCCUGGAGCUCCCUUCCCUAAUGGGCACGUGGGUGCUGGAGGCAGUGGCCUGCUCCCGCCUCCACCCGCGCUGUGCGGGGCCUCUGCCUGCGACGUCUCCGUACGUGUGGUGGUGGGUGAGCCCACCGAGGCCAGGGUGGUUCCGGGCCGGGGCAUCUGCCUGGAUCUCGCCAUCCUGGAUAGUGCCUUCCUGCUGUCCCAGGUGGCCCCGUCCCUGUUUAUGGGCUCCAUCGUCCAGCUCAGCCAGUCUGUCACUGCCUAUAUGGUGUCUGCCGCAGGCCUGGGUCUGGUCGCCAUUUACUUUGCUACACAGGUAGUAUUUGACAAGAGCGACUUGGCCAAAUACUCAGUGUAGAAAACUUCCAGCACAUUGGGGUGGAGGGCCCACCUCGCUGGGUCCCAGCUCCCCACUCCUGUUAGCCCCAUGGGGCUGCCGGGCUGGCCGCCAGUUUCUGUUGCUGCCAAAGUAAUGUGGCUCUCUGCUGCCACCCUGUGCUGCUGAGGUGCGUAGCUGCACAGCUGGGGGCUGGGGCGUCCCUCUCCUCUCUCCCCAGUCUCUAGGGCUGCCUGACUGGAGGCCUUCCAAGGGGGUUUCUGUCUGGACUUCUACAGGGAGACCAGAAGGGCUGCAUGCACUGGAAUGCGGGGACUCUGCAGGUGGAUUACCCAGGCUCAGGGUUAACAGCUAGCCUCCUGGUUGAGACACACCUAGAGAAGGGUUUUUGGGAGCUGAAUAAACUCAGUCACCUGGUUUCCCACCUCUAAGCCCCUUAACCUGCAGCUUCGUUUAAUGUAGCUCUUGCAUGGGAGUUUCUAGGAUGAAACACUCCUCCAUGGGAUUUGAACAUAUGAAAGUUAUUUGUAGGGGAAGAGUCCUGAGGGGCAACACACAAGAACCAGGUCCCCUCAGCCCAGAGCACUGUCUUUUUGCUGAUCCACCCCCCUCUUACCUUUUAUCAGGAUGUGGCCUGUUGGUCCCUCUGUUGCCAUCACAGGGACACAGGCAUUUAAAUAUUUAACUUAUUUAUUUAACAAAGUAGAAGGGAAUCCAUUGCUAGCUUUUCUGUGUUGGUGUCUAAUAUUUAGGUAGGGUGGGAUCCCCAACAAUCAGGUCCCCUGAGAUAGCUGGUCAUUGGGCUGAUCAUUGCCAGAAUCUUCUUCUUCUGGGGUCUGGCCCCCCAAAAUGCCUAACCCAGGACCUUGGAAAUUCUACUCAUCCCAAAUGGUAGUUCCAAAUGCUGUUACCCAAGGUUAGGGUGUUGAAGGAAGGUGGAGGGUGGGGCUUCAGGUCUCAAUGGCUUCCCUAACCACCCCUCUUCUCUUGGCCCAGCCUGGUUCCCCCCACUUCCACUCCCCUCUACUCUCUCUGGGACGGGGCUGAUGAAGGCACUGCCCAAAAUUUCCCGUACCCCCAACUUUCCCCACUGGCUCCACAACCCCGUUUGGAGCUAUUGCAGGACCAGAAGCACAAAGUGUGGUUUCCCAAGCCUUUGUCCAUCUCAGCCCCCAAAGUAUAUCUGUGCUUGGGGAAUCUCACACAGAAACUCAGGAGCACCCCCUGCCUGAGCUAAGGGAGGUCUUAUCUCUCGGGGGUUUAAGUGCCGUUUGCAAUAAUGUCGUCUUAUUUAUUUAGCAGGGUAAAUAUUUUAUACUGUAAGUGAGCAAUCAGAGUAUAAUGUUUAUGGUGACGAAAUUAAAGGCUUUCUUAUAUGUUUA